AUGGCCUCAGACGGUCUGCGUACAAUCGCUCUUGCCUACAAAAACUACAUCGCACCGGGUAAGUCUGAAAGCAUUUCUGGACAGUUCCCAUCUCUGCGGUACACGGCGCUAGCUGUUACACAGGCUACUGUUUUCAUAGAGACUUUUGGUUACAAUAGCGGCAGUAAUGAAUGAAGCUUCAACAAGUUUUCCGCUGGCGUAACGGUGGGUGUCAUUAAUCAUCACCGAUCUCUCCAGGUAGUCUAGUUGAGGAUACUAAAUGUACACUCAUCUGUUUGGAAUAGAUCAAUUUACAGUGAGUGACCGAUCUCAGGAAAUGUUGGCUGAAAUUCAGAGAUGCGUUUUCGAUUAGGAAAGAUUACUUGGUCGCAGUUGUAAUACUGCCUAAUGUGUGGCAUAAUCUUAUAACGUUUCGCACUCGGCAGGAUGUCAGUUUUUGAAUAUUAUGCUUUUUACUCUCCUGUAGAAACCUUACUCGGUAUGCUAUAGAGAACUGCGUUUUCCUUAUAUUCUAUACUCAAGGAAGGAGUAUAAUCAGGUUUUGAAAAAGUUUCGAAUCAUGAGAUUUUUUAAGAGCGCUCAAUGCCUAUUGGCAUAGCAUUGUACCUGGCCGUUUACCACAGCUCCUCAUGAAAUUUACACCAUAGUCCGCAUCCUUUGCAAAAUUUUAUGGACUCUGUAUGAUAUCUUUUUAAUGGCAAGGAAAAAUAUGUAAUGUUCUUUACGCGGAACACAUGCACCUUGUAGACUGAAAUCACUAAGCGCUAAUGUAACGAAUGAUUAGGCUAUAAAUUAUUGGGCAAUUAGAAAACUUUUUCAAAACCUAGUUAUACUCCUUCCUUGAGUAUAAAAUAUAAAGAGGACGUUAUUCUCUCUUAAUCGACUGUAAGAGAGCCUAUUUUUGUUUAUGGUUUCUAUAAGAUAUAUUUGAAUUUGAAAGACCAUUAAAAAUCGAGGGGAGAAAUGCCUGCUACAUAGGUAGUUAUUUUAUUCCCAGUACGGUUUCUACAGGAGAUUGGGAAGCAUAGUAUUCCAAAGCUUAAAUCCUGCCGAGUCGGAAUUGUUAUAAGAUUAUGCCGCACAAUAAUCAUUAUUACAACCGCGACCAAGUUAUCCUUCCGAAUCGAAAACGUAUUUCAGAAUUUCAGCCAACAUUUCAUGAAAUCGGUCACUCACUGUACUUUGCUCCAGCUGAUGAUUGCUUGAUUGCUUUAGGGUCUGGUAGGUUGUCGUCCGUUCCUAUCUCCUGUACCCGCAUUCGGGAUCGGAUUGUUCUGUGCCCUGUGCCUAAUUGUAUGUGACAAGUGCCUGACCUACACUGACGAAAAUUGACUGAUGAAGAAAUAUCAGGGGUGUUGCAUACCCAUUGGGUAAGCCCCACUGGCUGACAAAAGCCUGAAGCAAUUCUCUUGGUCACAUCUUUGCUUCUUUACCCCUCUCAGAGUGCAUGUACAGUAUCCUCUGGGCAUAAUUCCCAGAACAGGCCUUACGAUUGUUUGUCUAGCAUAUGCACAGAGGAAACUCUUUAACUGAGCGUAUUGCCGGGCACUGAUUUUGAAAACGCGCAGUAAGUGGACAAACUCCCCGCGGAAUGCCAUGCUGGCUGACCUCAGAAGAUCCAACUCGACGAUUCGAAAGCGCUAUUGGAUGAACAAUCGAGGCAGUUGUCAAUGACAUGCAUAAGCAGCAAAACGGAGGACAGAGCACGUGAGGCCCCUUAUCUCCGCGAUCAGUUUGUGCAAAACGGCUAUCCGAGGGCAUUCAUAAGUCGCUGCCUGCGCGGUCGCCACCAGAGGACUCGACCUUUAACACCACCGACUAUAUGGCAUUCUCUGCCAUACAUCAAGGACGUUUCAGAAGCGACCGAGCACAUUGUUGCGGAGCUAGGUGUUGGAAUUGGGCACCGCCCCAAAGCCACCAUGCGCAAUACGGUCAUGAAAAUCAAAGACCGGUUAAAGCCUGAGGAGCAAUCUGGAGUAUUGUAUCACAUUCCGGGUCAAAAUUGUCCUUGUAACUACACAGGGCAGACUGGGCGCAUGCUCGUAUCGCGCAUACACGAACAUAAGCUGGCUGUGUGACGUGGCGACGCAUUACCACAGGUGGCCGCCCACACCUACGAAAUGGGUCACGAGUUUAACUUCGCAGCCAUCGAAAUAGUCGCCCACGCCGGAAACAAAACAGGCCGAGAAUUGAUUGAAGCCCGGGCCUCGGAUGAGAACCCGGUCAAUCGACUUAUUGAUCUGUCGCCGGCGUACAGAGCCCUGCGUAGUCACCUCCAGUCUUGUGCCGUCAAUCGAUGAUUAUGCCUACACGCCUUAUAACUGCCGCCAGUUCUGUUUCUGCCACUACCUCUGACGAUGGACUCCUGUACGAGUCUGAAAGUUCAGGACACUAAACAGUGUUCCGGUGCUCGACUCUUCCUCUUCACUUAUAUAAGCAAAGUAAGAAUCGAGCGAUGUACGGCGUCCGAGUGCCUGCAUAAAGUAUACGGGCUUCAAAGUUCUCGAAGCUGGGUUGUACUUCGGUUCUUACGCCCUGGCCUGGCAUAGAUGAGAAAGAGGUAAAUGCGCUGCCAAUGUGUAUUGUGAGCCAGCUGACCUAGUACAGGCGUUGUGAGUUGGCACAUCCACUCAUAUAGAGUUGUCUGAAGUUCGUACUGAAUGCUGAAUUCGCUUGUCUGGUCCUCUGUCACCCCUCUAAUAUUGACCCUUGUAACUUCGCUCAUCAGGGUAAGAUACGACUUUGUCUGGCUCGUUUGGCAAGGUAUAGGGUUUUUCGUGACCGCACAAAUCGAGCCAACAUAUCUGAACUCAAGCAGUAAGACCGUUUUUAGGGAGAGUGCGGCCUCUUCUCUUCGUUUGAGGUAAAUUUGGUAGGAACAAUCCCCCUCUGACCAUUGCGCAUCAGCUUUUUAACGGGUAUUUUCAUAAAAGAACAGUAAUAGCUUUCAUCGCUAGUGUUGUUUCGCAUGAAUGAAGGAGAAAUUACCGUGAGCAUUUCGUCCCAAGCUUUCAAAGGCGAUGGAUCAGUGCCUCUAUCCGGCCGCUCGUUCCCUCUUAAAUCGCCUCGCAUCAUUGUUGUGGCGGCGUUGUGACAGUCAUUCAAAAAUUUUGGAAAAGUUUUAUCUCCAUAAAGGCGUCUGAGACUAGGCUUUUGAUACACAUAAGUUUUGACACUGUUCGCUGAUCGGUGGCUACAUAUGGGGGUCUUUUGCAGUUAUCGGUUUAACUGGACAAUUUUAUCGACCCUAUUAGGCAUACAAAGGCCAAACCUAACUCGAACCCGACACCCAUGACUCACGUCGAACUCCGUCUGUAAAGAGAGCUUAGGCAGAUCAGAUCAUGUAUUCUGGUUGCUUUGAGGCCCCCUAUUAGCUAAAAUCUGUUAAACUUUUCUAACAUCGGCAUUUCUGUAAGAUCUCAUCCUGAGAUAGCACAGAUAGUGUUCUCUGCCAGUCUGCGCGAAGGCUUAAGGUGCAGAAUCUGAUCCAUACCGACCACAUAUUUCCCCCUCCUUGUACAGGCACUCCAAAGGAUUCAAAUGAGUUCGAACUCCCGGAGGGAAAAAUGCCCAAUUUGGAUGAUGAGAACCAACUUAUCUGCAAUCUAACUUGCUUGGGUAUUGUGGGCAUAGAGGACCCAGUGCGACCAGAGGUGCCAGCCGCCAUCCGGAAGUGCCAGCGCUCUGGUAUUACCGUACGCAUGGUCACCGGAGACAAUCUGAACACUGCACGCUCCAUCGCCCUGAAAUGUGGCAUUAUCCACGAGGGUGACAAUUACACUAUCCUUGAAGGCAAAACGUUCAACCAGCUUGUUCGGGAUCCGAACACGGGCAAAGUGAAGCAGGAGCUGAUAGAUAAGGUCUGGCCCUCCCUGCGAGUUCUUGCCCGCUCUUCUCCGCAGGACAAGUACACCCUUGUCUCGGGCAUCAUAGACAGCCAUGUAACUCGCGGUCGUGAAGUGGUUGCAGUCACUGGAGACGGCACCAACGACGGUCCUGCUCUGAAGAAGGCUGAUGUCGGCUUUGCAAUGGGCAUUGCUGGCACCGAUGUGGCCAAGGAGGCCUCGGAUAUCAUCCUCACAGACGACAACUUCACUAGCAUCGUGAAGGCGGUGAUGUGGGGUCGAAAUGUCUACGAUUCCAUCGCAAAGUUCCUGCAGUUCCAGCUGACUGUCAAUGUCGUCGCCGUGAUUGUUGCAUUCAUUGGAGCCUGCUUCAUAACGGUAAGUUUACCGGCAAAUGUAAAGUUGAUUCUAUGUGGAUGAUCGGUACAGCAGGCCUGCUGAAUGCCACUUUUAUAAUGAGACCUGGGAAUGCAAUUUGAUCGUUUGCACGGUCUUCUUCUUUCCCCCUCAUCCCCAUCCCUUGUCUCUCCCCCCGAUCAAACUAAUCAACGUUUUUCACACAGCUUCCUUAUAGUUUGUGACAUGGCUUCUCUCUCUCUCUCUCUCUCUCUCACUCAGCGCGCUUUUGAGAAAGUCUUUUUUACAAAGCUGCUAAUCUCUACGUGUUUAGGUACCCAGAAAAUUCAUUGUUGUUCUUAGUUUUUGUCAUUUGCUAAUAUACCGAUCAGGAAGCCUGAAGAAACGCUCGGUGCUUACCGAUGCCAUCCACUGAACGCCUUUUUGAAUCUCAAUGAAUAUUUCAGCCUUGUCCUUGUCCUCCGCCCGAUGUUCACGUAAAUGGAGGUGCUGAAGAAUGCAUUUUGCACACAGUACUUCGAAUUGAAGUGCAUAUCUACCUCAUUGUCUUCGUUCGCGUAUAUUCAUUGGAUGCUGUAACUAGUGCUGCCUUUCGCCCCCCUCGGGGUUGAUUAAUUUUUCAUAGGCGGCAUCGGAAUUCUCUUUCAUGAUUGGCUGGCACUCUCUGUACUUGCUUGCAAGUUCAUAUUUAGGGUUUAGUUCGACUGUACCAGCCCGGGGACUUACUCCUCUCUGUUUGUGUAUGUAGCGAGACCAGAUGCAGAUAGCUUAUCCGUCUAUCUUCAUUUCCAUCACCUUUUGGUACUCCUCGUGAACUUGCGGUCAUGAAAUAUGUCUAGACAAGAGUGAAUUGCAGUCUUUUGCAGCGUGAUAAGGUGGCCAAAAUCGCGUCAUGGUUAUUUACCUGUACGCCACAUCAUUUUAAAAUGCAAACUGCGUUUCCUUAAAAGUAUUUCUUAAAGUCAGAUGUUGACUCUCCGUGCCCACAAGUCAGCAAUGAUACUGGGCCUGCAGAUUCACUGGGAAGCGCAGAAGUCGGUCUUCCUGCCUGGUAGGGGGGGGGAGGUGUCCCGUAGUUAGGACGAGUGUGUGAUACGAUUCCCUGUUGCCGGUAUAUCACAUCGAGAGCGAUCGCCUUCUUUUGCAGUCGGCUGACGACUUGAACCUAAACCAGUAGGUGCACCAGCCCUGCAAAACAAACGCCACAGGGCCAGGGCGCUGCGUUUAUCAAAUCCAGUCCUGUUUCCGGCUGACCAUAUCAACGCUGUCAACAGCCGGAGUGGGUCUCGGCGGGGGUGACAGCCCCUGCGACUUUUCUUCAUUGCAGGCGGUGAAUAAGAGGACUACAGUCGGUCGGAAGUUAAACAUAUACGUACCUCGGCCCAGCACUUUGAUGCAAGACCGCCCCCCUAAUAUGGAAAUGGCAGUACAAGGGAUUUUACGCUGGGGCAUCUUAAGCAACGGGCGGUACGGUUAACUUUGUGCAGCGAAACAGAAAACCAGACUUGCGCCAUAUGCCUGUCAUAAGGUAUAUAGUAACUCUGAAUUCAGCACCUUCAGAAUGUAAGAGGUAUCCGAUAUCAUAAAGAAAGUGCUGCACACCAAUUUUCGGGAGAUAGGCAGGAAUGAAACGGAAUGCUACUGAGAUCUCUGUAGCACUAUCUAGGUCUCUUUCAUCAACAGUCCGGCAUGAAAGGCGGUCAUACACCAAACUGCUGAGGGGAAGGGGGUGUACCAGCUAAUGUCCUAUGCUGCAGUCCUGUUCCUGGCCGACGUUAUAGCUGUUCUUUACGUCCGUCACCGGAAGGACUAUUCCGACAGAAGGAUUGCUUUGAUGUAAGCCUCAUACUCGCGCGGUUCGUUACUUUGAGAACCAACUGCAGUUUUGCCAAACCUGGACGUCAGAAGAUCUGAUCUGAGGGCACAGAAGCUGCCCGUUGACUCAAGAACUUUGCCGUCUACCGUGACCGGGCAGAUAUACAAGAAAUGUUAACCGAAAUUCCAAGAUAUAUUUUCGAUUUGGAAAGAUUACUUAGGUAGACUUGUGAAAUAAACUAUCCUAAGAUAUCUCCGUCACGUCAGUAUUCCGUCUUUUGAGUGAGCUUCUUUUCGGCUGUCUGCAAAAGCCACACUCUGUAAAAAUGACUACUUAAAUGGUGUGCAUUUUUCCAUUUAUUUUCAGGCCCUUUUAAAUUCAAAUAUAUUAUAUAGGAAACACAAAAUAGAAAAACAAAAACAGAAAUAGAAAAUAGAAAUAAAAAAAUAGAAAAUAGAAAAACAAAAUAUUUUCCCAUGCAUUCAUUUGAUGGCAAGUUACAUUUUUUUCGAAUUCCCUAUUUAAAGAGAGAGGUUCUUUCUGUUUUUAUAAAAGCUUUUAAUUCCCAAAUAGUUCUUUUGUCGCACCUGCCCAUCAAGUUGCUGUAAACAUUCUGUCAAAGGAAUAUCACAUCUCUCUGCGCUGUUUGGAAGAUGUCAUGUAGGACUCAUUAAAUUUUACAGUUGUGGACCAGGUUGCAUACUUUAUGAGUGGUACUAAUAAACGUGUUGAUUCGGUGCUGUAUGCAUUGACAUUUAACGACCAUGAAAAUAUCAUAAUAAGAAACUUUUUGAAAACCAAAACGUGCCCCCUUCUCAAACAGAAAGUUUGAAGAAACCGUAAUUGACUGCCAAAUGGGUACAGGAAAGAUUUUUUUUGUGCAUGUUAUUGUAAGAACAUCGAACAUUAGUAGGUAAAAUGAACGCUAUUUAAAUAGCCAUUUUCUACAGUGUAGUUAUUGCAGACAGCUGAAAAGAAACUCAUUCAAAAGUCAGCAUCCUGGUGUGACUGACAUAUCUUUAGAUUAUGCUGCACAAUAACUAAUAUCACAACCCACUUGAGUAAUCUUUUCAAACCGAAAAUCUUUCAAAGUCUUGGCUAACAUUUUAGGACAUAACGCAUCUACUGUAUGUCCAAUACCGAAGCCUGAAAUAGUUAUUUUGAUUCGAUUAAGUUUAUUUUCGGGCCUAUUUCAGGUGCCUUGACAUCUGUCUGACGCUAAGCACACCACAUUGUUUUGCAAACGACUUCUCCAGCACCACGAUCUUGUCAACAUAAUCAAGCCUUGUGCACUGGGACCAGUUACUGUUAUAAGGUCUCGUGCGCUCCGCCGAUGCGUGCCGAAAUAGCCAAGUCCUGUCAGUUUAGAGCCUUCACAGGUAUCUAUAUAGCUGGCAGCAGUCAAUAUUCAGUUUAGAAUUUAGGUCUAUGGCCAAUGGGGUCCGACUUCAUAUUUCAGGCCUGUCCAAUCAUGGGUUGGUGCCUAACUGGCGGUUGACCAGAAAUGAGCCUGAACUGCAAAAUACAGUCCAUCUUGACACAUCUGUGGGUCCCAGACUCUCUGCAUUUCGGCUCCUCUAUGCUGCCUCUGAAGCCGUAUAUUAAGGCUUCGUGUCAUCGGCUACUUUUACACAACAGGUUUUCUACACCUUACUUUUCUUCAGCUUUGCUUUUUUUCCUUUUCAGGACAGUCCACUUAAAGCUGUCCAGAUGUUAUGGGUGAAUUUGAUAAUGGACACAUUGGCAUCCCUGGCCCUUGCUACCGAGAUUCCCUCGGAAGAACUUCUUGAGCGGGCGCCCUACGGACGGACGAAACCAAUAAUCGGACGGGCAAUGAUUAAAGUUAUUCUUGGGCAAUCGCUUUAUCAGUUGGCUGUCGUCUUUUACCUGAUCUGGGGAGGUUGGUCCCUUUCUACCACUUACUAAUCUGCGGGUGUUUUCAUUCCAUUAUGGAAAUGUUUGAGGGGGGGGGACGUUGUCAGUUUAUGACGGCGCUCAUUAAAUCAAACGAUAGAGAACCAUUUUUUCAGCAUAUACAUUUUUACGGUUCUUUGCAUCACCUUGUGUGUCAUUGCCUUACAAGUUGCGUAUGCUGGGAGCGAUUCUUGAUCAAUCCUUUUGCAGAACUGAACAUGAUCGCUCCACUUCGCUUUGUCUUUGGAUCCCGCCCCCCUAUAAGUUUUAAUAAAUCCGAUCACAAUCGACAAGACGGGUGUCCCGCAACCAGGAUGGUGGGGCCUUUGACUCAAUUGGCCGAUCUUCAACAGGCCCUGAUUCGAAUUUCAAGCCCUGACAACCGGUUGAUUGAGUCAUGCAUGGUCUUUGCAGUCCCAUCCUUAUCUUUGAUCCUUUUAGAUUAUAUGGCAAGUGUGCUAUCGAGACAUCGGUCAACGAGUAACGAAGUUCGAUUAUCACUUGGAAGAGGAUUGGAUAUGGAAGCCCAUUUAGAAAAUAGAGACCAGGGACUGCUGUGAUACGGGAAGGAUACUAAUAUUAGAUUUGUCAGGGGGUCAGGUGGACUUGACAGUUUACGGAAUUUGUGUGAAGCAUCAAGAAAACCCGCAUCUUCGCCAUAUGUUUGUUUCAUUGCUCCAGCGAGGUGUCGGAACGUACCGCGCAACUUGAAAGGUGCAAAAUAAAGCGUAAAAACAGAUGAAAAACAUAUAAUCGAAGGUCAUUGGUCAAAGACAGCCGGACUGGGCAAGCCGGUAUGCAGGAGACAAAUGCAUUCUGACCUCAGCCCUAACGGUAACCCCAGUCUUUAAUCUAACCCUGGCAUGAACUUUAGACUUAGUUAUUUUCCUAAAUUUAGUCAGAAACGUAACCCAAAUACAACGUGGCGACCAAAAUCAAAUAAGCAGACGUUGUAUAGUAAUAAAAACACGAGCUUACAUACUCGAUGAUUGCCGUCGUUUAAAAAUGUCCCUCGCGUGUUAUGAUCGCCCCCAUUCUAUUUCCACAAAAUUUAUGUAGAUAACCUUCAGAGCACGCCAAAGACCUACUUGGCGCGUCGACGAAACGCAUGUUCUAAGAAAGCUGGCCACUUAAUUUGCGAUCCUUAAGUUUCGUUUGAUUUCGCCUCAUAAUUUAUUUACAUAGUUUUCCCAGAAUAAGUUUGAGCAAGGCAAAGGCGACAAUAUGUGCAGAAUUUAAUGGCGUCAUAAAAUUCUGUGUAUUUCGUUGUCUCCUGGUCACAAUGUAAAAUUUGCCAUAGGUGUACAAAAUGGUGUCCGCGUUAACGUAAAUAGCAAACAGGUCUCGAGAAAACUAAUAGAGAUCCAUCUGCUCUUAAAAUAUCGAUUUCUAGAAAGUCGCUAAUACGUCUAGGUGUCGUAGCGCCUCCUCGCGAAACCUGAACCCCCUAGUGGCCGCCGUUUCGUCCUGUUAUGAAUUUAGUCUGAACUUGCUAAUUAUUCAUUGGUCUGCCGGUUGUUUUUCCUAAAGUUUCUCAUGUUUGAUCAUCUAAUGGCUUCUUUUACACCAAAAUAAUUUGUAUGGUUUCUCUACCGCUGACAUACCAGCCCAUUUUCAUGCAGGCUCUACUUACUAUUUCUACGUGAAUCACGCCUUGAUUCCGUCUAGGUGAGGUUCUUCUGGACGUGGACAGCGGACGCGGUCUGUCGGCCAAGGGGAUAAAAAAGCCCACCGAGCACUUCACUGUCAUCUUUAACACCUUUGUGCUGAUGACGCUGUUCAACGAGCUGAAUGCCCGCAAGAUUCAUGGCCAACGGAAUGUCUUCUCCGGACUUCACCGGAACAUGCUGUUUGUGGUGAUUUGGAUCACUACCUUUGUGCUGCAAGUGAGUUGGCUUACGAAUUUGCCUUCCAGCCGUACACGUAUAUAUUGCACGCUAUUGCUGUCUGCCCACUGCCGGAACCAUUUUUUUCCUCCCCUAAGCGACAACACUUUAAUCUACCGGGCUCGUGCGAUUUAAGAGGCGCAAACUGUUUGGUGGGCAGUCUGACUCCCCUUCCUUGCUACGAAACCGCCUGGAGAGGAGUGUGCUACUGUCCUGUCGGUCAACGCAGUUCCUCAGGCGUUUUAGUAUGCAUGGUCGUCAAACGGAGGGGGGUGGGGGGGGGGGG